CUUGAAUUCCAAAAGUGUACGGAAGUACCAUACAUCUAUUGUGGAUGUAAGAAGUCGAGCCCAAAUUCGUGAUGGUUUCUGCCUUGUUUUUGUGAAAUCUUCAAAGAUAAAAUGGAGAGGGACUACUCCGCUCCUCCAGAGGAGACCGAGCCGGCUUUGCCUUCGAGGGAUAAAAUUAAUGAAGACACCUGCGCAGGUAAUUCCCACACCUCCCGGACUGGGACCUGUGGUGCUACAGACGUCGCAAAGGCAAGAUGGACUCUCCUGAGACAGGUGCUGCGACAGAAGCAGAUGGAGAGUCCAGAAGUCAAACAGGUGUCUGUUCGCAGAUUCGCAUCGUUUGAUCUUUUCAGCAGGAAAACACUUUCUACACAAGAUCCUAGUGAUAUCUCAGAUGACCAGUGGGUGGAGUACAGAAGUGUCCACUUUCCUGAGUACAGUGCCCUUCUCAGGGAUUACCUGGGGCCUCUUAGAGUUAAUGAAGUGCUCAACAGUUUUGACAACACCGGUAAUGUCUGUGUGUGGCCAUCUGAAGAGGUGAUGGCUCACUACUGUCUGAAGAAACGUCACAUGUUCAAGGGUGCAGUGUGUGAGUUAGGGGGAGGUAUGACUUGUCUUGCUGGGCUCAUGGUUGCCAUUUGUGCUGACGUGAAAGAAGUUCUGCUAUCAGAUGGGAACGAGAAGUCCAUUCAGAAUGUCCGAGGGUUGGUCGAGAAAAACAGACAAGCUGGAAAGUUUGGUUCAACACAUGUAUCAACCAGGGUGGUCAGGUGGGACAGUGAGUCUGACAUUUCCGCACUGGAGGGUCACUUUGACAUUGUCAUGUGUGCAGACUGUUUGUUUCUCGACCAGUACAGAGCCAGCCUGGUUGAUGCUAUAAGGAGAUUACUGCAGCCAAAUGGCAUGGCGUUGGUGUUUGCUCCUCCGCGAGGCGAUACUCUGACUUUGUUCUGUCAACUGGCGCAGAAGGUCGGACUCUCCGUCUCUCAACACGAGCAGUAUGAUACUCAGGUCAUGGAUGUUCAUUUAAAGAUGCUAAGUGAAGGAAAAGAAGCGUAUGACGAGAACAUCCACUACCCUCUUCUCAUCACCCUGACCAAAGGACCUCGACCUGUCAGCCUCACUCACUGAACCAAAACAAGUGAGCCCACAGCUCCUCAGAGCACCUCUCCACAUGCUGUUCGAUAUUUAAGGUGGAAUGAGGCUACGUGAACAAUUCAAUACACAAUGUUUAGUUUGAUCUGUAAAUCCAGUUGUGGGGAUAUUUGAGGUAGUUUUCCCCACAUUGAUACUUGAGGAUUUAUUUUCAGAGUGUGCAUGGAUUUGAAGAGUAUUUGAGCGUGCAUGUUUUGUAGUUUGGAGUUUUGGUGAGGCACAACCAACCACAUUUCCAUAGCAGAGGGGGAAACUAUAACUGCAGGUGAGGAGUAGGAGAAGAAGAAGCAGAUCAAUUCUGACCUCUGUUUUAACCAUCUUUUAUUUGCCAAACAAUUAAAGUCAGACUCUAGAAUGAUCACUAGGUCAGUUUGCCCUUUAAUCAGUUGGCCAGUCUCUGAAGUGGUUGCCUAAACACUUAAUCUCUGCUUUAAUCAGCCAUGCAGGAAAGUGAAGCACGCUGCCAAACAUCAUCUUGCCAGCUGGUCAGGUAUUCAGCCAGUCAGCUUAUCAAUCACCUCAGUCUAUUACCCACCAUCACUCGAGCCAACAAGCCAGUCACUAUUUCAGUUAUUUAAUGGACAUUUCCUGAGUCAUUCCUCCCAUAGGUGUCAGGAAUUCAGUCAUUAACCAGUCGGUAUUAACCUCUGCCUCUGUGUUUCUGGCCCCAGCAUGGAGGCCAGCUCUGAUUCAAUAACUGUCACACACCGUGGAGCCGCUCACACUCUCCUUUGUGUUUCCUUUAUUUCUCUUUGUUCCCUUCCACACAGCGCUAAUUUUUUCCUUCUAUACAACUCAUUCAUCGCAGCCAGAGGUCAGUAUUAAAGGACUUCUUUUGUGCUUUACUUACAACAGAGCAUUAACAUAUUACAGCAUGUUCAGACUGUGGACCGAAUGUUGCUGCACAGGAGCUACAAGCUUGCAGAGUUUGCAGCAAUGUCACCAUGGAUACAAGUAGUUUGAUACAUCACAUUGUAAUUUAAUAAUACACUGAUUAAUGGAGUUUGACACUGUUCUUUCUUACUCUUUCCUUAACAAACGUGUUCCACUGUGCCCGCUGAAUAUCAAACAUAUUUGCUAACAGAAGCGAUGUCUCGAGUUGCCUAAUGGGUCAGAGUCAACAGUCAGAGUCUGUGGCAGCUAAAGGCUUGUAAAAUGUCCCAGCUUGAACACAUGCACAUAUCGUUUUAUGAGUCCUACUGCUCACAUUUUUUGACAAGUGACCCAAAUACUGUGGAAUAGAUUUUUAAAAAGAGCUGAUUUUUUUUCAUCUUUUCUUUUGUUUUCUUCCUCUUCAUGGUCUCUUACCCACAAUGACCACUGGUUCGCUGACAAUCUGCUCCCUUUCUUGCCUUGACCGCAGCUUCCUGUCCAAAGUUCAUGCAUACUGUGUCUAUUUUUGCCCGAGCUGCUCUCAUCUUAAGUGCGAUAUUCACUUCAGAAUGUCUGUAAAGGAAUAUUGUUUAUUAGCAGAAAGAAAAAAAAAUUAAAGGUGCAUUUGUUUGAUAUUUAAUAAGUCUUUAAGUAUUACCAACAUUGUUUUUUUUCUUGUAUCAGCGCUCUUCUCUGAAGCAGAAGACGUGUUAUGGUUUUUUGAUAAUAUUCUUUACAGAUACUGAAAACACACAGACAAAGAUGGCAUGCUGUGCUCACUAACUAUAAGUGAAGAUUAAAUGUUUGCUACUGUCAUUUUCAAAUAUGAGCUGCAUCUGUGUGUUAGUAUGCAAGUCAAAAACAGAACAGGCCGGCUGAACAUCUUGAAACAAUGUUGAUAAUAAUAAUCUUUAAAACACUAGUAUUACACAGGCACAGCCAGUAGACAUUUGUACAAUAUUAUUUAAAACUUUUGAGUUCUUGAAUGCUACCCAGUCUCUUCACAAUCUUGAUAGCAAAAACUUCCUCACAUGCCGGACCUUUUCAUGGACCAUUUGCUUCUUGGCUGGCUUUUUUUUUUAGAAAUCAGCUAAUGACUUUGUCACUCAGGUGUUUCCACACACAUUUAUAUAUUUCCAGUUUCUCGUGGUUUUAAAGAAACAUCAAGUGUCACAAGGUCUAUCAAGCCUCAAAUUGUGCUUUUACCAGUCAAGUGUUUCCAUAUUUCACUGUGAUAAAUACCUAUUACAUCAGCCUAGAAGCUUUGCAGUAUCUCUCACUGGCUGCUAUUUACUGCACAUUCCUCAUGUUAAAAAAAAUAGUAACAAAAAAAAGAUAAAGAGAAAAAGAUAUUUCCUACUGUAAGUGUAACUGGCACAAAAGUGAAUAAGUUUGGUUUUUAUUUAGUGGUCUCAACGUCUUCAACACUUACAUUGAAGUGUAAAAUCCUUCACAUUGCAAAAGUUUAGAAGUGUAUUUAAUUUCAUUUCUACCCAUAAUGCAGUUUGCUGUAAAUCUGGGAUAUCUGUGAGCUAGCAAAAAAAAAAAAAAUACCAUCCUGACCGUGACUGUGAUCUGUGACUUCAUCACUGUACGAUGUGACAUCACCACCAUUAAAAGUGAUGUCACUUAACAACAGGCAGCAUUGUUUAUGUUGAAAUCUGCUCUGCAUUGAUGCUUCUCUCUGUUCAUGACAAAAUCUCCACUUUGUGCCCGAAACUCUGCUGUGUCUUUACAUUGUGGUGCAGUCACUUCUAUUUUGUGAUAUUAGUGCUGUGUGUUUAGAUACUUACCGCUUCUCACUGUGACGGAAACAGACAGUCAACAAACCACUGAUUGUCAGUAUUAUUCAGAAACAGUCUGCGUAUAAAAAUCCACACAGGAGGAUCUGAGAUUUACCUUCAGCAAACAUCAUACAGAUAAACCUCAGUGUGUGGUGUGUGAUGUCUCAGCUUAGCUUUUAUUUCAAUCAACUUAUUUUUAGAACUGUUGCACAUUUGCUUAAGUUCAUCCUACUGUGGGUCAGAUUCAAACAUGAUCUGUUUACUCAGUUGAGGCCUUCUUCCCACACUGAGAUUAUUUUUUGACCAUGAUUGACAGAACUUUAAAAAUCGUCUCACUUUGGGAGGAAUCAUAAUUAUUUACAAUUAUCCUGUGUUCUGGCUAAAGCUGUGCUGUUUGUUCGCAUGGUCUAUUAUAAUUGCUUGAAACGUUUUUUUGUUUAUGUUUUGGGGUUUGACAUAAGGAACAUGAAACUAUUGAAAUAGUCUUUAAAGAAUUCCAGUUUAUUCACUUUUGGGGGACAUGUCCUUAAAUAUUGAGUUUCAUUAAUCAGUUAUUAAGUUUUCUCCGCUUUAAUGGUUGAUUGUUGUACUUUGCAGUCCAAGGGUGGUUUUGUGAAUGAAUAAAAUAAAUAAAUUUUCAUCAAGAAA